GCGGGGGACGUGCCGCCUGGACAGGGGCUGUUGAGGAGGCGCCCCGGAGGGGGUGAGAGGGGAGAGGGACAACAGCGCGGUAAUCCUGGCUCGUUUGUUCUGGCUUCUGUCUGUUCCCGAGAAGACGUAGACGAGUGUAGCACGGGAGCUCACAGCUGUGGCCCAGACCAGAUGUGUUACAACACGAGGGGCUCCUUCUCCUGCCAGUGCUCCCCUGGCUAUCAGAGGACCGGGGACCAGUGUGUGGACAAAGACGAGUGUGCUGGGCCGAGUUACUGCAUGCACAGGUGUGUGAACACACCUGGCUCCUAUUUCUGUAUGUGCAAUACAGGCUUUCAGUUGGCAAGCAACAAUCACACUUGCAUAGAUGUGAACGAGUGUGAGGUCAGCAACCCGUGCCAGCACCAGUGCUACAACAUGAUCGGCUCCUACAUGUGCCAGUGCGACCAGGGCUACGAGCUCGCCAGAGACUCCGCAUCCUGCCAAGACAUCGACGAGUGCAGCUUCUCCAGCUACAUGUGCCAAUAUCAGUGUGUGAACACCCCCGGGGGCUACUCCUGCUCCUGCCCAGAGGGAUACCAGCUGCAGGGAACAAGAAUGUGUCAAGACAUUAACGAGUGCGACUCGGGGCACAACUGCCGGGAAGACGAGAAGUGCUGGAACUACUACGGGGGAUUCAGGUGCUAUCCCAGGAACCCCUGCCAGGAGCCGUAUGUCAGAACUGCAGAAAAUCGUUGUGUCUGUCCAUCGUCGAACGUGUGCAGGGGCCUGCCGCACUCCAUCGUGUACAAGUACAUGAGCAUUCCUUCAGACAGGUCCGUCCCAGCGGACAUCUUCCAGAUCCAGGCCACCAACAUCUACGCCAACACCAUCAACACCUUCCGGAUCAAGGCUGGCAACGAAGGAGGGGAGUUCUUUCUGCGGCAAUCCAGCAACGUCAGCGCGAUGCUCGUGAUGACCAAGCCGCUGUCGGGACCCAGGGAGCACAUCGUCGACCUGGAGAUGAUCACGUUCAACACGGUGAUGAACUACCGCUCCAGCUCCAUCCUGCGGCUCACCAUCAUCGUGGGACCCUACCCCUUCUAACUCCUGCCCUCACGUCUGCAGCUGCUUCAUAGCGCUUCAUUGUAGAGUUAUCAAGUAGGCACAGUAUAGCCACUGAAUGCGUUUAUUGCAAGAGUGUACAAAUGGCUUCAAUUCAAGUCAAAGGUGAUGUCGUAUGAAAGACAACAUUUUUUGUUUUCCUACUUUUUAGUACUCUGAUGCUUAGAGAAAGCAACAGCAGCUAACCACUGGGUGCCGGUAUCUCAGCGCGGGCCUGAAGUGUUAAUGACGUAACAGAAGCGUGAGACGUCCUGGAGCCCUGGGCAGUGGGUCCUGGGGCACCUGACACCAAGCACACAAGAAACGAAAUAAACUCCACUUUCUUCCAGCUUCUGGAAUAACACAUCUCCCAGAUCCCAUAACCCCGAAGGCAGGAGCUUCCCAGGCACACCUGGCCGCUCUCUGUGGUCUGAGGGCUGGGGUUUGCGCGCCGGAUCGUGGUGAACGAGUCUCGGCUGUGCAUCAGGCCCUGUGUGAGGCUGCGGUCCUGGCCAUCAAGCACGUCCCGCCCAGCAUGUCCCUUCUCGACUUCACACUUCUUUAAACAUUUGAGAUUGAGGGGGUUUUAGUAAAAAAAGCUUUUUAUUCCUUUUAAAUCUUUCUAACCAAGAGAGAAAAAAGAUAUUUCCUUUUGUUAACAGCUAAUGUUAAUAGCUAAUUCCCAACGAGUGUGAGUGAACCAUAGGGCACCAAAGCUGUGGGCAGGCAGACUGAGCAUAGCCCUGCAGGUGGCUCUCGAACCCGUAACCCUCUCUCACUGGGCUCCACUCAGCAUGGUUCUGGGUUUCGGACAGUUUUUCACUGGCUGUUUUCUUAGACCGGAAAGCUCCAGCUGUCUCAGCAGCAGGUGGGGCAGGAGUUAGUUAAUUAGUUUGCCAUGGCGCUGCUGCGGCUGGAACCAGGAAGAGAAGGUGGGUCCUGGUGCCGGCUGCUGCCACAGUUUUUAAGUUUCCGAUACUGAAAUUCAUCAUAAAAAAUACAGAAACCCUUAACGUGUAAAAAACAGAUAUCAAAACUUGCAAAGUACAAAGGAGUAAUGUUUCAGACCGACCAUUUUCUUGAAGAUGUAAAUCAAUGCUGUCUCCAGCAGCCCGUGGAGUAGGGUGGCUGAGAGAUGCAGGUGUGGUGUGGGCGUGGCAUGGGUGAAUAGUGGGCUUGGUCUGCUUGAGAUGUGGUGUGGUUUGGGUGCACCAGUGGAAAGGACGUGCAGCCAAACCACGGGGCUUCUGGUUCUUCUACGCUUUUGACUGGCGCUGCAAAUGAGACAGCUCCAAUUACCCUUCCAUCUCACUGACCAGCUCCUCCAGCUUCCACCUCAUUGACCCUCAGGUGGGCUUCCCAUUAGAACUACCAAUUUAGAAGAGAUGAAAACAGCACUUUUGCUGGUCUCAUCAGGCCAGCAACAUCGUGUCAUGCGAUACUCUGGCACCCUACCAAUUGGUCUGAUGAACAUUUGCUGAACAUCUUAAGUCAGAAGCAAAGACUAAUGAGACUUUCCACUGCUACUGUCUAAAACGCCUCCAUACACAAGCAACAGUGGAAUAAAUAUAUUUAAUCAGAAGAGUCUCUGAUAAAAUUGGAGGAUUAGUGGGGUGGCUGAAAACCUUUCUAAGCAUUAGGAAAAUGGUGCUAGUGUCAAUUACAAAUAAUUUAAUGCACCCAUGACAAAAAUGGAGAGAGCAAGAAAAAAGAGAAUAAUCCUGAAAAAAUCUGAACCCAGUUAUUGAAGCACAGAAUAAUUACAGAGGGCACGAACAGUCAGCCAUCCCUCCUCACAGAUAGAUGGAGGGUAUGUUUAUUUCUCUUCAGGAAUGUUUUUGGUGUUUCAAAAUGAGUUGAUUCCAGUCCCUGCUUGGAAACUGGAGGCAGUUCGACCACAAAGGAUUCAAGCUGAAUAACUGAAGAAACAAACACACUGCCAGCCUCACCAGCGUCUGCUCCUUUUCUCCGGGUGUUGUGCAGGGUUGUGGGGUGUCUUGCUACACAUAGAACUACAGCUGUCCUUGGUCAUUGCUUCACCUGGUAGCAGCAUUUCCCUUAAAAACCCAAGCACUGGGUAUAUCUUCAGGGAAGAUCAGUUAUGCCUUUUAGUGGCAAGAAAACAAAAGUUUAACUUUGCAUGAAGCAUGAAAAGAAGACCAUUGGUCUUCUUAUGGGAAGCCAGAUACAGUUUUUGCAGCUCCCUUUAAAAGUAGCCUCUAAGAGAUUAUUGCCCUUUCUGGAAAAACACUGCUCUCUCUUAUCCUCAAGAAGACCUGAUUUUUUCGGAUUCAUUUGUUCGCUCCGAGUUUAGUCCAGUAUUUGAACUGUCUUUUUCUCCUUCCCGAAGUGCAGGAUUCGUCAUUGGUUUGCCUCUCUUCUUCCUGUUUGACUUCACAAGCUGCUCCCUGCUGAUGCAAAAGGCAGAAGAGAGACUGUCGUCGGGGCAGAUAUACAGAUGCGCAGCUGUGUGCCUGGCUAAUACAGGGCCUCCCGUCACAUGUUAAUACAGACACAUAAGCGUAUUGCUUCUGUUUUCCAGCCUGUGUAACUCUCAGCAUUUUAUUACCUAUGAACCUGAAUAUGUAAUUGCUUUUAUACCAUUUUUAAUCAUCAUAUACCAAGCUGUGUGACUUUUUAUGUAUUUUAUGCAAGACAUUAAGCCUACAAGAUUUCUUCUGUAAAAAGUGCCUUAAACAUUGUAGAGCUGCAGUUUUUUUAUUCUUCUAUUUAAAGCUGUAUUGUUUCAUGUUAUAAGAUUGGAAAACUUUUACUCUGAUGUACAAAGUAAUUUUAUAAUGAAAUAAAACUGAAAUCUUUAAUUCUUUUCCAUGUAA